AUGAGUAGCAUUUCAUCCUUCGGUGGUACAGGCUCGAGCCUGGCACGAGCGGUGGUGAUAGUCGCUGGUGUUUCUGCGCUGGUAGCUUCACUUCUGUCUCUCCUGUCCAUAUGGCUUCAGACGAAAAACUAUCGAAAACCACUCCUCCAGCGAUAUGUUGUCCGCAUACUGUUGAUGGUCCCUAUCUAUGCGGUUUCCUCCUGGGCUAGCAUUAUAUCAUUGAAAGCGGCGAUGUGGCUGGACCCCGUUCGCGAUGUCUACGAGGCGUUCACGAUCUAUACCUUCUUCCAACUACUCAUCAACUUUCUUGGAGGCGAGAGAGCAUUGAUUAUCAUGACUCAUGGACGUCCUCCAAUUCAACAUGCUUGGCCAUUGAACCAUAUCCUGCCCAAAGUGGAUAUCUCCGACCCUCAGACCUUCUUGGCUGUCAAGCGUGGGAUUCUUCAGUAUACAUGGCUUAAGCCAAUUCUGGCUAUCAUCUCUAUUGUCAUGAAAGCGACGGACACUUAUCAGGAAGGCUAUCUGGGCUUGACAUCGGGGUAUCUCUGGACGGGUAUCGUGUACAAUGUCAGCGUGACCAUAAGUCUCUAUUCGUUAGCCAUGUUUUGGGUCUGUUUGCACAACGACCUGGCACCAUUCCGUCCGGUUCCUAAGUUCCUGUGUGUCAAGCUUAUCAUUUUUGCUUCUUACUGGCAAGGCUUUUUCUUGUCCAUCUUGCAGUGGCUGGGCGCUCUAUCCAACGGCGUGGCGGGAUAUACACCCGACAAUCUCGCCGCUGCGAUUCAGGACAGUUUGAUCUGCUUUGAGAUGCCAUUUUUCGCCAUUACCCACUGGUACGCUUUCUCCUGGCAUGACUACGCCGACUCCACCAUUUCAGCUGCCCGCCUGCCUGUGAAGUUUGCCCUUCGCGAUUCCUUUGGUAUCCGCGACCUUAUUGAAGACACAAAGAUGACCCUUCGAGGAGAAAACUACGAGUACAGACUCUUUGAUUCCGGUGAUCACAUCAUCCCUCAUGCCGAGUCCAACUCCCGUGUCAGGCGAGUGAUGCACGGCAUGCGGUAUGAGCGUGGGGGUAAAGCGAAAUACUGGAUCCCCAAGCCAGGCGAGGUUAACAGUCGAACGCCGUUACUGUCAGGGUCUGAAGGAAGCAGUCGCGAUCGACGAAGCAGCAUGCUCAGUCGAUUUCGAUCAAACAGUGACAUUGAAGAGAUGGGUCUUGACGAUGAGGAUGAGAGACUCUUUGCCAAUGCACGCACUCUUGAAUUCGGCGACUGGAAUUAUCCCGUGAUCACAGCCAACGAAGUGCCGGAGGAUCAGCGGCAAAUACACCACCGAAGCUCCCCAAAUCUACAAAAUCCUGGAGCGGUGAAACGGACGCGAAAGCACCGUAAGUCCCGCAUCAAUGGCGGAGGCACCCCACGAAGUGAAGGCAGUUCCCGCAGUUCUCGCAGGGAACCCCCCAACGGUCGCCAGACAGUUCGUCAGGAGACUAGCUCGUCCAUAUCCCACAGCUCCCAGCGCAGUCAGCUGGUGGACUUGGUAGUGGAGGACCACAAAGCAGAGGAAGCGGAAAGAGUGCAUACACAGAAGGCGUUCGGAUCGACCUGGCUGGAGCCCGACCAGAGGCACUUCCAGAGACCCUCUGGGGAGCCAGUUGAUGAACGGCCGAGCUAUCUUGAAAAUAGCGCAGAUGGCACGAUGGAGAAUACCAGAGCUGCAAGCCCAACCGAUCGAGCAGGGGAUGAUGAUGAACCGACGACGCGGCCAAAUUGGGCAUAUGGAGGGCUGGAAGAGGAGAAUGUGUGGGAUCGCUAG